AGCUGGGCGGUGAUGACAUUGAGCGUGGCGGCGGGGUCGGUGUGGGUGUUGGGAGUGGUGGACUGGCUGGGCUCAAGAGCGGGGCGGACACCAGCAAUCGCCCGCCGCUUUCUGUCAUUGUGCCUGUCUACCGGCGCGACUGCCAGGAGGAGGUGUAUGCUGGCAGUCAUGUCUACCCUGGCCAGGGAGUGUACUUGCUGAAGUUCGACAAUUCCUACAGCCUGUGGCGCUCCAAGACUCUUUACUACCGAGUGUACUACACACGAUGAAAACAUUAGUGUUUAUUUUUUUUUCAUGUUAUUAAUGUUAUGGAAAUUGUUGUGGAUGCGCAAUGUAAGGAUGGAUGGGAGACUGCGUUGUUUUAAACGGGCCUGUAUUAUUAUUACUUUUUUUUAAUUAGCCCCUCAACUUUGUUUUGUGUAUUGAGAAUACAAGGCAGUGAUCAUGCUGAUGUGGUGUGGAAUUAUCUCAGCAAUGAAGUGGGGUGUUAAUGUCCAUAUACUCUUGGUUUUCAAUUUCAGUGGAAGGGGCAGUGGAGAAAUCUUCCAGUCUUUAAACUUUUUUUUAUGGACACUUGUAAGUUGUCUUUAUUACUUCAUUGACCUUCAUAUAAAGCACAAACAAAAUGCUUAUUUAUAUGCUAAGUCACGCAACACUAGGCAUUGCACCCCUACUUAAUUAAUUUAUUGAUUUAGGUUAUGUAGAUUCAAGUAUUCCUGAACUGGUUCUUGCCACAUGUAGUGUGGUUACUGUCUGCCUACUGAGAAAUUGUAGGUACACGGCAGCCUCAAUCAAUUUGGAAUUUCCUUUUAUUGUUUGUUGUUCAGUGAUGCAUGUGGUUUGCAUUUCUGGAACUUACUGCUUUACAAUAGGUGCUGGUUUUGUGUGUGUACGAAUGGACUGAUAACUUAUAUUUCCAAAUUCUAAAUGAUGUUUUAUGUGUAAUGUAGAUGAAGGAGAUACAUAGAGGAAUGAUGAUUCCUCACAAUGCAUGUUGUGUGAGAUGUAUAUAAAAGUUAGCACAAGAGAAUAAAAGUUAAAUCAUAUUUUGCGGGAGGCCAGAAGAAGUAUAAUUUAUCUAGUAAAUUCUAACUCAAACUCACUUCACCCUUUUGUAAAAGCACAUCAUUUCAUAUGACUUGAGGAGUUAAUCAGGAAAUGAGAUUUACAAUUUGGUUUAGAGAAAAUUUUAGUUGAAGACGAUGAUAAACACUCAUUUUUCAUGCUACUAUCUAAUUGAAAAAUACAGUAAUUGCUUUUUCAGUAACAGUCAGGGGGUGAAGCACUCUCCUCUUAUGUUCUUAGCCAGCAAACACAAUCUGCCAAAUUGACUUGUUAAUCUCUCAGCUGUGCAUACCAUAUUGCAGUUAAACUUUAAAUUGAUCUUAAAGAAAUUGCGGGAGUGUGGCCAAAAUGGUCAGGCAUUGUGUCAAGCAUGGCUGUUAAGUUUUUCCCAAGUUGGAAUGAAAUUUUGAGAUUUUUUCUGAUUUAUCUUCAAUACUCAUUGUAAAGGAAGAUUUGUUAAAAUUUCACAAGUUCAAUUCCACAUGUGCAUCUCUUAGCAUUCUCAAAAGCAAUCCCCCCCAAUGAAAUUACAUUUAUCUAGGUGUCAAUACAAGUGAUUAGAAACAGUUUCUUUUUAAACUUAGAAACAUUUUUUGACUCCAGGAUGUUAGUAAUUUUCUUUCAAUUAUCGAAACAACUAAAGUUGAAACAACAUAUAAUUUGUUUAAGCAGGAAUAAAUUCUGUAAGUAGUACUUAUUAAAUGAUCCAUUAUAGAUGAAGAUGAUAUUAAUUAGCAGCUAGUAAUUUACAUACAUUUUAAAAAGCAAGGUACAUAAAUUUCAUGAAAGAAUUCAUAAAUUUUGUUUACAUUUUAACUUUAGGGGGUAAACAAAGAGAAAAAAUAGAGUCCUGCACAUCCAUAUAAACAUAGAAUUAAAAAGCUCUGAUUCUCAUUUUAUACUUAGAAAUACCUGGAAGAAUUGUUAACAUAGUUGUGUAAUUAAUUUUAUUCCCGUCAGUUAUCAAACAUUUAGUUAUGUUCAUCAUUUUUGAUCCAUUCAAAUCAGUUUCAAGCACAAUCAGUACUGUUAAAAUUAAAUAUCCAAAAGUAUUUGAAUUUUUUAUUUUAAAUAUAAUUACGCGUUUUAGUUUAUUACUAAAUUUUAGUAAUAAACUAAAAUGCAUAGUUAGAUUAUAUGUACCUAAAUUAACAGAACACUAAUAUCUUGAUAAGUUGUGAAGGAUUGAAGAGGCUAGAACUAAAUAAUCUAUCAGAGUAAAUAUUUGAAGAAAUCUGGCUACAGUUGGAAAAAUAUUGCAGUAAGUGAACUGUUGAAUUGUCUUAAUACUAUUCGUAAUGAGUCUUGGGUUGGAGAUUAAAACCUCCAAUCAAUGCUUCAGGGAUGCAUCCUAGUCUACAUUCAUGUGCAUGCUAGAGAGAUCAAGUAAUUUGAGCAUGAGGCACCUUCCUAGAAGCAGCCCAUUUUUACCACCUCAAAUUAUAUACGUAAGAAGGAAUUAAAAUUUUGCAGAUGUUGGUGAACUCCCCAGUGUGAACAAUUUAUGAUAAAAUGUGUUCUUUCAGUAAGUGUUUUGAAUUUUAUUAAGAAAUGGGCAACAUAAUAUUCAAUCAUGGAAAAACUCAAUGUGAAAUUAUCUACAUUUAUUAAUCAAUAUUCUUCUGAUCAGUAUUAUGAAGAAAACAAAUCCAAACUUCUUUAUGAUUUAUGAUAUAUUUAACCAAAUUUUUAUCUGAUUCUUCCCAGAUGAAUUCAUAAAAAUUAUGCUAAUAAAUUCUGUUUUAACCCAUUGUUCUUUUUUAAUAACCUCUGUUAAUCACAGAGGGAAUGUUGAAGAAAUCCAUAAUUCCUCAAGAUUAAAUAAUUUAUUUUUCAAAGUUCCCGAAAGCAACACUCAGGAGAAUAAAAAUCACUAUUAUAUACUUAAACAUAAUUCUAAUCUACCUGAGUUUGGCCUGUUUAUUGUAAAGCUUUAGCUUUCUGCUGUCAUUGUAUUCUAGCUGACAUGUUUGUAAAUGUGUAGUUUCUUUAAAUGUGUUUAAAAUGUUCAAUUCAUGUUAAUUUUGUGAACAACACAAAUGCAAAUAAUUAUAUAUUUGACCUGUUUUACUGUUGUAUUUUUAAUGAAUUCUAAACUCUUUAUGUUCAAUUUGAAUGUGAGUUUGUUUACAGGGCCCAAACCUAUAUUUGAGAAUGUUUUUCAUUCUCAGAAAUAAAAAAUGUUUUGUUAUCAGUAAUACAUGAAAUAUAUUUGACUGAAUAAAACUUAUAAAGGAUCUUUAAGGAUUUACAUGUUGCAUUUACUCUCCUUUCCCUGAACUUGUAACUUAAUUUAUCAGUUAUACAAAAUAAUGUAAAUUAUUUGUUUAGAUUAUGUUGAUAUUGAAACCUACUAGCACCAAGUUUUUUAAAAUUUGCGAAUGACAUAGUUGACUGCUUAGUAAAUUGUGAUGUCAGCAUCACUCACAAAGUGGAAAUAUCUUUCUGAACUCUUUCAGACGUAACAUUUAUUUUUAUUAACAAUUUAAAUGUCUUUUUUUCACUAUGAUUAUUUCUGAUUGAAUAAAAGUAUCCAUAUCAGUAUGUAAUUUUGGGACUUAUUUUUUUCAAAAAAGCUAUGUAUACAAUUGUGUAUACUGGGUCUCCAGGACUGGUAUUCACUCCGUAAUUGAAGGGAGUAUACGAACCGAAGAAAUUAAUAGUUUGUUGUUAUUCUUUAUUACAGAAAUUGAAUUCAUCAAUUUUAUUAAUUAUCCUAUUUUAGAGGAAACCUUUUUUUAAAAGUAAUUAAUUUUUUUUAAUAAAGCGAUUUAGAAAAUUAGCAAUGCUAAAAAUUCAGCAAUGGAGUUAUUUUCACUAGCGAAGUUUCAAGUUAUUAUCGUUAUUGAAAGGUGCAACUAAAUCUGACAGAUCUUCCAGGGUUGGAAAAACGGGUUUUUUAAAAAUAACCUAUCCCACUGGGUUUACGCUUUUUUUAAUGUGUGUGUGUGUGUGUGGGGGGGGGCGUGUUUAAUUGAAAUUGCUAUAAAAU